CUCCACAGUUUCUCACUUACACCCUGUAGGAGCCUCUCUUCCUACUGCUGAGACCUACCCACGAGACUGAGGCACAACCAUGAAGAGCCUGCUCCUUCUCUCCAUCCUGGCUGCCUUGGCCAUGGCAGCUUUGUGUUAUGAGUCUCAUGAAAGCAUGGAGUCCUAUGAAAUUAGUCCCUUCAUUAACAGAAGAAAUGCUAACACCUUUAUAUCCCCUCAGCAGAGAUGGAGAGCCAAAACCCAAGAGAGGAUCCGAGAACGCAACAAGCCCACUUAUGAGAUCAACCGGGAGGCCUGUGAUGACUUCAAACUUUGUGAACGCUAUGCCAUGGUUUAUGGGUACAAUGCUGCCUACAAUCGCUACUUCCGGAAGCGCCGAGGGGCCAAAUGAAGAUUGAGAAAAGCCUCUUUUCUUUCCAGAGCCUGGAGCCUGGUUUUGUAUUCCCUUGCAGUAGCAUUACUGAACCACAUAGACAUGUACGGAUUGCUUGUUGCUUAAAAGUUCUCCUCUGGCUGCAUCCUCAGAUUAGGACCCCAGAUUUAGUCAGGAGUCCCAUGUAAGCAAACGUCAAAGGAGAGCAAAGAUGUGUGAUGAUUACAUAAUAAACUUCCAAUUGAAUACUUUAA